AUGGAAUCGCAUGAGUCAAAUAAUGGUAUUAAUUUGCCGGGUCCAAGUAACGUAGAUUGCAAUACCUGGAAUUGUUAUAUCGGAAACACAAGUAUCAUUGAUACAGGGUCUCAACCACCUGAAUAUCAUCAAAUUGUACCCACUCUUCGUUCAAAUAUUGAACAAAUGCGGAAAUGUAUUUCUAUUGACUUAUUAUCGGCAAGCCAAAGGGAAGCUAAUUUCUUGCGAAUGAUUGAUCGCAAAGCUCCAAUACUUUAUCAACAAAGUAUCGUCGAAAAUGCUAUCCGACGCUACGAAUGUUUUUGGCUUCCAAUGCAGGCAGCCCGUCCAGAUGUCAGAAAUAUACCGCCAUUGGAUGUUCAUUGGGUAUGGCAUUGUCAUAUGCUUAGUCCAAUACAUUAUCAACAGGAUUGUGAAACGAUUUGUGGAACAGUGAUUGAUCACAAACUACUCAGUUCGGAUGAAAUUCAACAACGAUACGAGCAGUCUGUUAGUAUUUGGCAAAAUUUUUGUGGUGAUGAACCCUAUGAUUUUUUGAGUUCCAAAGUGAAUAACCAUCAGCCAUACCAUCCAAGAUCAUCGUAUGAUAUUGUCGCUGCUGUACAACGACAGCGUAAUUUUAAUUAUCAGAUCUCACUGCCACACUAUACGUCAACAAAAUUUAUUAGCAACGCUGUAGAACGAUACCUCAAUUUUCUAUUGCUGAAACAAACUUACACGGAUCAAUUUUUAACGCCUUGCUAUGAUUUUGAUAUUGUAUGGCAUACACAUCAGGUCCAUCCACAUUGUUACCUACGUGACUGUACAGCAAUUUUCGGUUGGUUGAUGAAACACGAUGAUACGGUGAAUGAUCGUAAUAAGAAUAGUAAGCUACUGAAAGGUGAAGCGAUGACGAAACGGCUUUGGGCUGCGCAUUUUCAAACUGGAUUUUGGCGCAGAGGUUCAAUGUAUAGAGGACAUCCAGCGCCAUCUUUUCUGGGUUUUGAGACGCAAGAUUUAAGUAGUAUUACGUAUGGUCAAAUGGACAUACCAUCAAUUACGCUUCGUGAAAUUCCACUGCAACGAGAACAAGUCCGCUUGAAAUUGCUCUACGGAAAUAAAAAAGUUACAGCAUUCAAUGCAGAUCUCACUUCCGAACAGGUGACAAAAUCUGGUUUCUCAUUGGUCUGGCAGCCGACCGAGACUUCUGCAAGAUCAUCAGUUGUGAAAUUCCCAUUUGAACGACGCAAUCCUAAAAAAUUUUCUCUUGAAUUGGAACUUUUCGACAAAGUAUUUCUGCAAAAGAAAGACGUAGUUAAGUUAAGUGGACUUGUUUCACUAGAACAGUUACUUCCACUUCCGAACUCGAAAGUAUCCCAAAACGUUGUUCAAGUUACUGUAAAAGGUCGUGAGAUGGAUCGAGAUUUGAAAGCGAAGGUCAGCAUUACGACAAACCUAUCGUUGAACCGCGAGCUACAACUUAUCGUUGGUGAAUUUGUGCAACAGGAACUAAUUCCCGAAAGCCAUUUGUGGUUUUUAUGUCAAUCGGCAGCAUUAAACCGCGCUGCUUUGCAAAAAUCAGCAACCAUUCAUUUAGCCACACAUACAUUAGUGGAUUCUCGUGACGGUACAAAAUAUACCAUUCAGGUAGCACAUAGUGCUUCAUUAUUGUUAUCAAUGAUACUGGUUUACGGUUGUCAACAACGAUUACUUUGUAUGGCUCAUUUAAUAGGUGCCGAUACGCUCCCUUCAAAAGAUCAACUGGAUGCUAACCUCCAAUUUCUACCUCAUCUAUCAACACCAGAUGAGCGCGCAAUUGCCGUAAUGAAUAAGGAUGGUGAUUUCGCUAUUGUUAAAGGGAAAUGGAUUGGUUUCAGCCGUAAAGUCCCUGGUGGCAAAGAACAGAAAGCAAAACCUGGAAAUCCUGGAAAAUUGCAAGUGGAUGCAUUCAACUUGCUAAAAAAUACGGUACAAAAGUUCGAAAUCCCAGGUCCUGAAGGAAGCACAUUCUUCAUCAUAGGAGAAGCACAAGCACGUUUACCAAGCAAACGAAUACAGUGUCGAUCAAUCCAAACUGCUGAACAUCUCGCUUGUGUUUUCAGUGUCGCAACUUUAUUCGUACUUUGCAAUCCUGAUAAGGUUCGUUUACAUGGUGAUACGAACAGUAUUGCACACCAAUGUCAUAAGUGGCCUUUGACAAUAGCAUGCGGUUACGGUAAAGCAUUACCAAACAAUAGGCAUAUGAAUUCGCAUCAAGAAAAUAACGAAGAUUUGAAUAUGACUGCUGCAAUGAUUGCUGUUUGCGCAGGAAGUUGCGACGAUGGUGCAUGCGGAGCAUGUGGUGCUUGUGGUGCAUGUGGUGGUUGCGGUGGUUGUGGUGGUUGUGGCGGAUGCGGAGGUUGUGGCUAA